GUUACAGAUAGUAUUUAAAUCUCCUCCACGCUAACUAACAUAUCAGUCAGAGAAUACAUAUUUAACAUAAACACACAGAUUAACAGGAUGCCUUCGAGGAUAAAACCGAGUCCAAAACCUGCACAUCAUUCUCAAGCAGCAGAACAAAGUGAUCAGAUAUCGUUCAUUUACGGGAGUCAGUAUGACCAGUAUCCGAGGGGUAACCAGUAUCCAUCACAUGGUGGCGCUUCAUAUUCUGGAAACCAAUACCAACCGCAAAACAACGCCCAGGAUCAAGGGCCUACACAACAUAGCGUUGUACCUAAUGCCAGAAAUGCUGCCCCUCCCAACAAAGACUACAUGAUCCCAGCUGUCCUUUCGUGUGUGUUUUGUUAUUGGCCGACAGGACUAUGUGCAAUUACGGCCGCUUGCAAGGCUAAUAUGGCAGCAGAAAACGGGGAUGUUAUAGAAGCAAGAAGACAGUCCAGGAAAGCGCGCAUAUAUGCGACAGCUGCUGUCAUAGCAGGAAUUUGUUUGAUUAUUUGGGGUGUUGUAAUUUAUGUGGUUAUUUGUGUACAUCUCGAUCCUGCAUAUAAAACCAAUUCAUUGUGGUGUUAAAUAUUCAGUAAAGGAUGAAAAAUAGU